AAUCCUUCAUUUUCCCCUAUUUUCCCUUGUAAUGGAAAAAAGUAGCAAGUUCCAAGAGCCACACUUCAAUGGCAGUCUCAAAACGCCAAUUUCCCAUGGCAGCAGCACGACGCCUAUGUCUUCCCAAAUCCACCAUCAGAGGCACAGCAACUUGUGCUUCACUUAUAAGCAAAACCCACUUAGAAAAUUCCCCAAAAUCGUCCAUUUUUGAACCACAACACUUUGUUAAUGGUUCUUCAACCCCACCAUCUGAUGACACAUUUGUAGUCCAGAAAAUAUUGUGGAACCUAAAACAAGGUAAGCCAAUAACCAAUUCUUUACAUGGUUUAAAGCCGUCUACUUUUCUUGAAGUUCUUGUUAAUUGUCGUGAUGAUUUGCAUUUAGCACAGAAAUUCAUCAACUUGGUUUCUGUAAAUUGUCCUAAUUUUAAACAUUGCACGAGUUCAAUGAGUGCUACUGUACAUGUAUUGAUUAGGUCUAAGAGGGUAGCUGAUGCACAGGGUUUUAUUCUUAGGAUGAUUAGAAGAAGUGGGGUUUCAAGAAUUGAGAUUGCGGAAUCUUUGGUGUCAACUUAUGGGGUAUGUGGGUCGAAUCCAUAUGUUUUUGAUUUGCUGAUUAGGACUUAUGUACAAGCUAGGAAGAUUAGGGAGGCUGUAGAAGUAUUUAGGUUGUUGCAAAGGAGGAAUCUUUGUGUUCCGAUAAAUGCGUGUAAUGGUCUUCUAGGAGGGCUUGUGAAGAUUGGUUGGGUGGACUUGGCAUGGGAGGUGUAUGGUGAGAUGACAGGGAGUAGCAUUCAGCCAAAUGUGUAUACCCUCAAUAUAAUGGUGAAUGCUUUGUGUAAAGAUGGGAAAAUUGAAAGCGUGAAUCCGUUUAUUGAAGAAAUGGAAAAGAAGGGAAUUUUUCCGGAUAUGGUGACUUACAAUACUUUGAUAAAUGCAUAUUGUCACGAGGGGCUUCUUGAAGAAGCUGAUGAAGUGAUAAACAUUAUGAAAGCUACAGGGUUAAGACCUUGUCUUUUAACUUAUAAUUCUAUUCUCAAUGGUUUGUGUAAGAAUGGACAAUACGGGAGAGCAAGGGAACUUUUGGUUGAGAUGGAAGAGAGUGGACUGGCCCCUGAUACUACUAGUUAUAAUGCAUUGCUUGCUGAGUGCUGUAGAGCCGGUAACGUGCUGGAAGCAGAAUCUGUUUUCAAAGAAAUGUUGUAUCGAGCUAUCAUUCCUGAUUUGGUUAGUUAUAGUUCACUUAUUGGGUUGUUUUCAAGAACUGGUCGUCUUGACCGGUCAUUGGUAUACUAUGAGCAUAUGAAACGCAAGGGUCUUACACCAGAUAAUGUAGUAUACACAAUUCUCAUUGGUGGGUUUUGUAGAAAUGGUUCUAUGAAGGAGGCUAUGAAGAUGCGUGAUGAAAUGCUGGAGCGGAGUUUAGUUAUGGAUGUGGUCACUUACAAUACUAUAUUGAAUGGAUUAUGCAAAGGAAAGAUGCUUCAGGAAGCUAAUGAGCUUUUCAAUGAGAUGUUGGAAAGAGAUGUAAAUCCUGAUUUUUACACUUUUACCACGCUUAUCAAUGGAUAUUGCAAGUGUGGUAACAUGGACAAAGCACAGACCUUGUUUGAAGCCAUGUUGCUGAGAAACCUCAAGCCUGAUGUUGUGUCAUAUAACAGCUUGAUUGAUGGAUUUUGUAAGGUUGGUGAUAUGGAAAAAGCUUUCAGUUUAAGGGAUGAGAUGAUCUCUGUAAAUAUUUCUCCUAAUUAUAUUACUUAUAGUAUUCUCAUAAAUGGCUUUUGUAAUAAGGGUCAUGUAUCUGAUGCAUUAAGACUAUGGGAUGAUAUGAUUAUCCUAGGUAUCAAACCUACUAUUGUGACUUGCAACUCUAUUAUCAAGGGAUAUUGCAGGUGUGGUGAUGCUUCAAGGGCAGCUAAGUUUCUGAACAAGAUGCAGAUCCAAGGACUAUUUCCUGAUUCAAUUACGUAUAAUACUCUUCUUGAUGGGCUUAUAAGAGAGGAGAAUAUGGAUAAAGCCUUAGAUUUGGUUAAUGAAAUGGGAAAACAAGGUCUGUCACCUGAUGUUUUUAGCUAUAAUACCAUACUGGAUGGUUUCUGUAAAUUUGGUAGAAUGCAGGAAGCCAACAUGCUGUACAGGAAAAUGGUUGAGAGGGGUAUCAACCCCGACAGAUCCACAUAUACAUCAUUGAUAAAUGGACAUGUCUCUCAGGAUAACUUGAAGGAGGCUUUUCGUUUUCAUGAUGAAAUGCUGCAGAGGGGUUUCAUUCCUGAUGACAAGUUUUAAUCUCCUUGCUGUUUGAGCCCACCAAAGUUUAUGACCAUCAAUUUCUGCCGUUUCUGUGAGUUCUGCUGUUUGUAGUUUCAGCAUGUAAGCCCUCUUCUAAAUUUGAUAUUUUGACGUUAGGGAAUUGCUAACCUAUGUGAAAUAUGCUUGAUUGAUUUGAGGAGAACUAUGGAGAAAUCACUUGCUGGAAUAGAUACCUAUGGGUGCUCAAUUGGACAUCUGCUCUCUAAGGAACUGUGUAUUAGUGAGAUAUUACCCAGACACAGAGCGGUGCUUCAUUUUCAGACCCCUCACUUGUUGUCAUCUGUAUAUCUUGAUUGGUUAAAGAGAGAGCUAGUGGCUGGAAUGGAAUGUCAUAUGUAGUGUUAAAUCUAAUCUGAAGCUCUUUCAAACAAGCAAGGAACGAGUUACCACAAGCUCCGCUUAAGUGCAGUGCUAGGCGAGGUUUGGAACCCUACCAUCUAUUCUCUAUGCAUCUCAAUUGCUUGCUUCGCACCUCUACUUGGUAGCCUCCAUACAAUGCCCCUUGUUUUGUUCUAGCCCUAUUCUUUUACCAGGCAUAAUUGGGAGAAGCUCAUCCGAAACUAGAGCUAGAAAUACACUAUUUUGUUUUGUUUCCGCUCUCUAAAAAAUUAUCUGUUAGUAAGGCAUUGGCCAGACACAGAGCGGUGCUUCAUUUUCAGAAAUGUACUUUUGGCUGCGGCGACAAACUUAAGAGGGCUUAUUAAUGGAUUAAGAUUGCCAUCAAGAUUGAAUAUGCAGAAGUUCCUCUUUCAUCUGCGAGUUUGAUAGUUCACCCGGUGGACUCACAAUUUGUCAGAGAGCACAUAGCGAUGAUGGUGAGACAAGUGAAUCAGAAAAGUUAUUUAUGGCUGUCUGGUGCUUGCCGCGAAUGCCAUCCAAGGUAUGUUGAUGACCACAUGUUAAACUGCUAGUAGCAGUUCUCAGAAGUGUAUCAAAGAUCCAGUUGCUCUUGUGUUAUCAAACCAAAUGAGCUUCCAUCAAUACUCAAUUGAACAUAAAACUACAACCCUUCACUAAAGUUAUGUCCGGGGGUUUACGGAGAAGUGAUUAUGAACUGAUCAGACUUCUUCCAUGACUUUGACUGAGUUAGAACCCCAGGUUACAGAUGUCUGGACUACUUGAGUUACAGUGAAAAAUAUAUGGAUAGACUAUAGAUGUAGUGUAUAGGCAAAGAGUUGUCAAAUGGUUACAGUGUAAAACUUAAAGUGUUGCAGUAUGUAAAAUUUGUUUGGUUCUUUUAUUUGAGUUGGACAAUGUUGAAGAUAACAAAACAAGUUGUACAUUUUUUCAACUCACGACAAGUAAAAUAUUUCCCCUCUUCA